UAUUUGAAUAGUUGUUAAUUUACGUUUUAUUGAUCAAACAUUUUCAACGUUAUAAAAAAUCUAUAACAAUUAUUUAUUUGUAUUAAUAAUGUCGGAAGAAUCAAAUACACCUGUGGCUUUGAAUAUUUAUGAAGAGGCAUUAAACGAAGAUACUACGUGGGAUCUUUCAUCUCAGGGACUAGAAGAAGUGCCUGAACUUACAAAUCGGUACUUGAGUGCUCUCUACUUACAAAACAAUGCUAUAACAACUUUACCUAGUGAUAUCUUCACUACUUUAAAACAUCUCAAGUAUUUAGACUUAAGAGAUAACCAGUUAACUGAUAUACCAGCAUCUAUAAAACUGCACCACAAUCUCUCGCAUUUGUUGUUACAAAAUAAUAAACUGACAACACUACCGAACGAAUUGGGAACUGUUCCAAACUUGAAAGUUCUCCAAUUAGGCGGGAAUCCGCUCAUGUACCCGCCGAGAGAGAUAAUCAACGCGGGAGUUUCAAGUGUGAAAAAGUUUCUUAACGAACAAUUUAUAAAUGAAAUGUUUGCGAAUGAUGCUUCGUCGGACAUCACCGGAGAUUCGGUAAGCUCUAACGGAUUUUACCCUGAACACUUUAGCCAAGAUGGUCGAAGCUACAAUUCCGUUCUGGACGAAGCUAAAUUGAAGAAGGCGAUGCGUAUACGUGUCAAUGAAAGGGACUCGGAUGAUUCUGAUGAAGAAAAGUAUGCUAAAUUAAAAGGGAAAUGUCCGAAAUUGGCCAAGAGUCGCAGUACUAUACCAACUCAUUACCAGAGUUCGAAAUAUGUGCAGCCAUCGAGGUCAGAUGGGAAAAUGGUAUUUGAGGAGAAAAUAAAGGAGAGCUACAUGAAAGAUUUGGCUCUAAAGAAACACAAAGACUUGUUAGAAUCCAUGGAGAAGAUUUUGCAGGGAAGAAAAAACCUCGAGCAAUUGAAAAACUGGCGCUCUGAUUACAGAAUGGGUAAAUUUCCGAAAAAUGGCUCUUACAAAAUUGAUUCAAAUAAUUAUCCUUACGAUACAAAUCCAGACUAUAUGUCUAUUUUAAAUAGAGAUGACAUAGAAAAAGAUUUACCUGACAAAUAUAGGAAGAAGUUGGUACGAAGGAGUAAGCCUACGGUGCCUAGAAAGAGUAACAAUGAUGUCCAUUUGGCUCUGAAGAUAAAACAACUGUUCGACAAUUUGGAGUCUAUAGAAUUGAAUAGAAAAGAUAUGACGCCGAGAACUGAGCAGAAGAUGCUGCUGAAUGAAAUACAGAAGAUCUCCGAAAUAAGGCAGAAACUAAUGGAACUAUCAACGACCAACUCCAAAACUGUGGAAGUAGACUAGCUAACAUUUUUUGGAAAUUUUGUUUUUAGUAUCAAGUAAUACGAGUAAUAUUGCUAGUACUUUGUAGACAUUUUCGAAAAUAAAAUACAAUUUGAAUUUUUUAAACUUUUUAUUACCGAUUUAUCGUCAAUAUCGCCAGCUUCAUAAUGAAACGAAUAAAUAACACAAUAUGAUAUUAUAUUAAUGCUAAAAUAAUAAAAAAAACAUGGUUACACACAAUUUAAGCUGUUUAAAAGUACUUAGCCGUAACACAUAAGGUUGAUAGUCGUUUGGCAACUUUGCCCAGAUAAAUACAUAACAGUAUUAGGUGGACGAUGCUGACAAAUGACUUAGAAAUAACUAAAUAUAAAGGAACAUUACAAUUUGUAUUAUUUUAACAUUUAUUUUAUUUUAGACAUACAAAACUUCUUAAUUAGUGACUACAAAAUUUCGAAAAUCUACUUCUUCAUUUAUUAGAAUUACAAAAAAGUAUCGAACGAUUCGCAAAAAUCGGUUUUUUAUUUAUAUUAAUACUUAAUACUGAAGCGCUGAAAGCAAUUGACGAUACAAAACCAUUAAAAUAUCAAAUCAUUCAUCUUACCACUAAAGAUAUAGAAAGCAAAAUUAAAUGCAAAAUUGUGCAAUAAAAUACUAUAGGACAAUAACAUUCUGCUUAAAUCAUAAUAAUGUAUCAAUAAUCAUAUUAUACGUAUUGCAAUAAUAACUAUCCACCAUACUCAGUCAUUUAAUGGUUACUUAAACCAGUCCUUAGCAAUUGUUUUCCAUACAAAAUCGUUACUAAGGAUUAGUUUAAGUAGGUAAUCAUUAAAUGACUCUGAGUACGGCAGUUUGUCUAUAUGCCAAACUAAUUGUGAUUUAUAACAUAACAAAUUAAAGUGAGAUUGUCAUUAAAAUGAAUAUUCAAAUGAUUAAAAUUCUCCAACUUUACAUUUAUAGAAUAACUUCCCGCCAUUACACGACAGAUAAACUAUUUAGACCACAGAUUCAGAAUGUGACAGAGUCUAUGAAAAAAAAAGUAGAAAAAGCAAACACACUGCUUUGACCAAUUACUAUAUUAAUGUUUAUUUUUCAUUAUUUCACAUUCAUUACUUUUGGCAAACAAAUUAGAUUUUAUCACAUUUUGACUCUGAUUUACACUAACAUUUCUAUACACGCAUGUAUUAUUGAAACUAUAAUUUUAAUUAUACAAUAUUUAUAUUGCUUAGUGCUUAUAAAUGUACAAAAUUAAAGGACCACUUGAAAAACUACGACACUAGGGCUAAAAUAGAAACAUAAUCUUGUCUUUACCAAUAGUUCCCUUAGUAUGAGUUUGCUUUGAAUGAAAACUAAACGAGAGCGCGUUCGGCGCUCUGAUUGGCCGUUGCGAAUGAACCAACCAAUCAUAGCACUGAACGCGAUCUCGUUAAACAUAAAACAAACUCGUACUAAGACCUCUGUUCAAAAAAGGUCGCAAUGAUAAUAGUUUUUAUUCUUCUCCAUAAGAUUAUACAACUUCAAAUAUGUCUUCGCUAGGUAGUUACUGCUUAGUACGCAUAGAAAGGUCAUCCCAAUAUCAUCAUUUUUUUAUCUCUCGCUUGUAGAUAUUAUUUUCUAUACAGAUAGUUGAUCUAUCAUCCCAACUCAGUAGAAACAAAGAGCGAUUAGAAAUGAAAAGCAACGGCGAGCACCGUUUAAAGGUAAGCAUUCACAGAGCCGCAUCAAACUCAUCGGACGGAUCGCAUCAAACGGAUUUUUUAUACAAGACAAGCUAAAAUCCGUUGCGUCCGAUGCGGGCUUAUCGCUUACCUUAAACGUGUCUGCUUUAUGAUUUAAGUAAAUGGUAUUUCAAAGAAUGCGUAUGGGAAUUGUUAUAUACAGGAUGUAAACGGAACGCUCUUACUACUUAAUUUUAACAAAAAUGAUGAUGUUCCCUUAACAAAAUUACCUUAUCUAGCCUUAAGUUUAUCCUAGGCCUUUAAUUAUCUUAUUUUUACAGUUGAAUCUGACUAUUUACUAGUCAAUCUUGAGUUCUUAAUGACAUUUUUGUAUGACAAUUUCAAACGGAAUUUUAUAACCGACUUCAAAUAAAGAAGUAUACAAGACAUUAUGAGCUCAGUGUUCAAAACUCAGAAACAUUUUUGAAAUCACAACCUAGAAAUUAAAGGUGUAACUAUUAAUUAUUCAACUCGAUUGAAAAUAUAUUAGCUGCCAAUUUUAAACAUACAUGGCGCAAAGAUUUGCACAGGAAAAGGUAGAAGAGAAUAGAUUCAAGACACGUACGCAGUAAAAGAAGAAAUGCUUUAAAAUAAAAUGAAAACCAGAACACAUCUGAGAAACAAUGCAUUAAGUAGGUACUUUGCGCACAACAGCUGCGCAAAAUCAGACCGACAACAAGCCUCUAUUAUGUAUAAAAUCCGUGAAACGUAAUCAAAAUGAGUUCAGCAGUUUCCGAGAUUACUACUAUCUAACGAUACAUAUCACAAGACACGCCGAUACCUUACACGGUCACUUACUCAGUCUUUACCAAAACUUGACUAGGAUUGCUCCAAAUUCACAUACAAAAUAAUACAUAUUUAAUCUUUUAAAUGCAUUUACGUCUCUAUGUACCAUGAAAUAAAUCAGUACCCUUAGUACGAGUUUGCAUUACGUUGAACGAAAACGAAACGAGAGCGCGUUCGGCGCUCUGAUUGGCCGGUGCGAAUGUACCAACCAAUUAGAGCGCGCGUAAAACAAACUCAUACUAAGCCCUGAGGGCUACUGCGAUUUUAAAAGGUUCAAUAUAAAAUAUUUUGCAUGUGCACACAACUUUUCCCGCGUGUUAUUUUUGAUUAAAAUAUCUUCUAAAAUAUAUAAUAAAACUGCUUACAAUUUCACUAAUUACUAUUUCCACACACACACUUAUAUGAAUUCGUACGAAUUCUUAGAUUGCUUCACUUAUAGGAAAAGAUAGACGAGUCAACUUACUCCCUCGCUCCAAUAUUUCAAAUUACAAAUUACUUUAAAAGAUUUUAAAUUUUAUUACAAAACCAUAAAGUCGGAAAUCCAUCAAAGCAUAAUUUAUUUGACAAAUAGGAGUUUAAAUCUAAUCAGAAAUUAUAUUCAUAAGUAAAUAAUACAUGAACAAUUUUCUCUACAAUAUUUCACUAAUUACAUUACAUUAAAAUCAGAAUUACUAGCAAAAAGAUUCUACAUUUUUAACAAAUUAAUACGACCAACUUAUGUAUGGGUGCGGCAAAAACUAGAACUAUUAAGGAUCAAUACAAAAUGGCAGUAUCAAAAUUAUUUACGAAGAAACUAGCGCCGUUGUCAGGUGCAUAGUUAAGUUAGUUUUAGGGAGGCGUUGCGACGGUAAAAUAAGCUUAAAGGACUAUGACAUACGGAUGAAAACGGCAUGCUGAAAACUGAUUUUAGUGGUCAAGCUUCUUUGGCAUACGGUUUUCAUCCGUAUACCAUAGAAAUUAAGGUUUAUUUUAAAUUGCUUAAUUCUCAGUAACCUCGCCGCGCCUCCGCCGGUUUUCGCUUAGCCUUAAUUGCUACAUUACAUUGCUUGAAUACAUUUUACUAUCUACAUUAUUUUUAUAACGAUGGAAGCCAAAAUAUUAAUGAAUUGGCAACCUUUUACUAACAUCCUAAUGCAAUACCAAUUUUACCCGACUGCAAAAAUAAAGGAUUAUUCUAUCUUUUAACAUUUUCUUCUACAACUCAUUUUCUAUACAUAAAGUUAACGUUUUUGUUAUAAUUGUAAAUUAUAAUGUGAUAAAAUCGAAAACAGACAGAAUUAGAAAGUUCAAGUUACGAAUGAAAAUAUAGCGUAUAGGCAGGCGUGCUCCAUCGUUAGCCGUAUCAUUACUUAUUAGCACAGUUAGUAGUCAAAGAUCGGUCAAAGAAAGAAAUAAAAAACGCACCCUUUUCUUGCAACAAAUUAGCAUAGAAGAGAUAUUAUAUAGACUUAAGUUAAACUCUUUUUUAUUCCAAUUUUCAACCCAAUAUUGAACUUACACUUAUGAUAGGAAAGUAGUUUAGAUAACUUUACAAAUCAU